AUGGCAGGUCUGAAGGACGAAAAUUGCAAAACGAAGUUUUGCCAAGGUCUGUCUAUGCUUGUUGGAGUGCGGACCAGGAAAAAAUUCAGCGAUACGGAUUCCUUCACAAUGUGCAUCCAGGACGCUGCAAGGAAAACGCUUCCAGUUCUACUGAGAAGUUUGCCUUUGCAUCUGUACAAUUCUGUAUGUGUCGCUCGCAGCACUGGCGAUUUCAAACAGGAAAAGCGUCUUAGAAGGAAGUUGCGUCAUCAGCUGCAAAAAGACCACGAAAAGGAAUAG